UCCGCGUCCCCGGUCUCGCGACUCGGACCUUCGUUCUCUCUCGUCCUUCGCUGCUCCGGCGUUCUCUCCAAUUCGGUAUUUCAUGAGUCCUCUCUUACUUUUUUUAUCUCUGCGUUUAUCAAAGACAUACCUAGAUUUGUUGAUUAGAAGCAAGAACAGAUCCUUCCUUCGUAUGAUUUCCUGCAAUUCCGUCGAUUGCUAAUCGAAUUUCGUUCGGAACCUACUUUGUUGAUUAUUUGUUUUGCAGCUAAGGUCCCCAAUGUCUUCUGCCAAAGAAGGUGAUGAUACGUCUAGCUGUCCUUCCUCGCCCAAGAACAUGUACAAGGAUCCAGAUGAUGGGCGUCAAAGAUUUCUGCUGGAACUGGAGUUCGUACAGUGUCUAGCUAAUCCAACGUACAUCCACUAUUUGGCUCAGAAUCGCUAUUUUGAUGAUGAAGCGUUUAUUGGAUACUUAAAAUACCUCCAAUACUGGCAACAACCGGAUUAUAUAAAAUUUAUAAUGUAUCCUCACUGUUUAUUUUUUCUUGAACUUCUGCAAAAUGCUAACUUCCGUAAUGCCAUGGCACAUCCGGGAAACAAGGAAUUGGCACAUAGGCAGCAAUUCUUCUUCUGGAAGAACUACAGAAACAAUCGAUUGAAACACAUUUUACCAAGGCCACUUCCUGAACCUGUGACAGAGCCCCCUGCUCGACCCUCUGUGCCACCUAUGCCAGCCUCAACUAUACCCAUGACAGCUGCUCCUGCUCCUGCUGCAGCUCCAGUUCUUUCGCCUAUGCAGUUUUCUAUGCCUCCUGGAUCUGCCGUGGGAAAGGCCGAUUCAAGAAGUGGCGGAGUCGAUCGAAGGAAAAGAAAGUAUGUUCAGCUGAAAGAUGGUUAAAUCAAAUGUAAAUGGGGAAAACACUUCUAGGGAGGUGGAGCGAAGAUUUGGGAAACCUGAGAAAGCUCCCGGAUGAGGCUACUUCCUAUGACCAGCAAUGGCAAUCAUCAUGGCGCCAUUGAAUCUGAGAAAAUUGAGACAGAAAUGCAGUGGUAUUCUUGAAUGUAACAAAUAUUUUGGUGAGGCAAUACACACACUUGGCUACUUUUAUCUAUUCCAUCUGCUCAACAGUGCCUCGCAAAAGAUUGUAUAACAACUUUCUUUUUGUCGUAAUGUGAGCCAAAUGUUCGGAACUGGGAAAAAUGUAUCUAUUUAUAUAGCUUUCCAGAAGCUAGGUAAAAACAAAGCGACACGAUUGUUGUGCUCU